AAUAUGGCGGCGACAGUCACUUGUUGAUCUCGGUGAAUAAAUUGCAAUUUGGCAGCGCGUGAGUGUACUUUGCGUGCUGUUCGUGUGCAGGAAGUUGUAGUGGAGUGUGUCCGCCGUGCGUGGCAAUUGGUAUUCAGCAUGACGGAGUUUUUGCCACUGUGUGAUCUGCUGUUCAAUGUUAUCUCGCUUGCUGGCUACUUUUGUGAUAUUGUUUUUAAUGUUGUCUUCAGUUAUGCACUGUAUGAGAGUGGCAAGAUCAUCUAUUUCGUCCUCACCGCCACCAUUGUCCUAUGCUCGCUGAUAUUGUGCCAAAUCAUAUCGCUGCGAUGGUUCCUCAACAAGGAGCGCCUCACGCAACGCAAGCAGCAAGCGAUCACGGCCGCGAGUGCUGGACAGGAGCGGCCGCCGGUGGCUCAGCUCGUGAGGUGGUGCUUCAUUCCAAAGAACAUCGUCGUGUUGCUGCAUUGCGUCCUGGUGGGCAUCGUGUGGCGGUACGCCAAGCUCCUGGCGCCCGUGGAGCUGCAGAAUGUGAAGCACGAAGUGAGAGAUCUGUGCAUGCUGCGCCUCAUCCACGCCUUCUGCGAAAGCGCCCCCAUGCUCCUCCUGCAGUUGCACAUCCUCGUGUCCGAUCACACUGCACGCGACCUCCUCUCCGGCUCCUCGGCUGAGCUGCGGCCAAAGAUCCUGCGCGAGUCCACGACCGUGAGCGGACUCGUGGUGGAGGGCACAGAAGCGCCGGCGAUCAACAGCCACGCCUUCAGGGAGCUCAACAUUGUGUCGGCCGCGCUGUCGCUGUUCAGCGUGUGCUGGGCUCUGGCCAGCUUCAGCAAGAAUGUGCGCCUGCAGAACGUCCAUCGGCUCAUCCUCACGUGGUUGGGCGUGAUCUUCCAGCUCCUGUGGCGCCUGGGCACCAUAACGUCGCGCAUGAUCUCGCUGAUUAUCUACGGUUCGUUCUACUACUACUGGACAUUCCUGGUGAUCAUCCUGCACUGGGUGUCCAUGUUCCUCUGGAUCAUCUCCCCGAAGAAUGUGUUCCACGGCGAGCGGAUCUCACGCCUCCGCAAGUGCCUCCUCGCCGCCCUGAUCGCCUUCGUCUACGUGUUUGCGUACAUCAAUCUGCAAGAGGUGAAUCAUCGCCAGAAGAUGGUGAUCUUCUACACGGUGAUGUUCCUGGAGAAUCUGCUGCUUGUUGGACUCUGGAUCUUUGGCAUCUGGGCAGAGAGACCGGACGGAUGGUAUUGGAUUGUGGUGAUCAUGCUGUUGACCUUCGCCUCGGGAAUCUUCUUCAUGUUUCUCUACUAUCGAUUCUUCCACAUCCGUCGUUUGGGAUACGAAGUCAAUGGGAUUUAUCCCUCGAAGCCGUCCAUCAACUGUGGCAAUUGCUAUUGCAAUGGAAAGGAGCACGAGCACAAAUUCCCACCCAAGAUUGAUGUGAAUUCCAAGAGUUACUAUCAAGGCAUUCCCGGAGUGUUCAGCUGUCGCUUCAUCAAUCCCAUUGGAAUGGCUGCGACAAAGAGGAAGAAAAAGAAACCGACCUCCUUCGUGCCACUCUCGCUGUCCAUCACAGAACUGGCCGCCGUUGCGCAGCAGAAUGGACAGCCACAGAAUGGUCCGAUGGUGGUGCCGUUCUGGAAGAAGCAGAUCGCAGCUCUGCAGUAUGCUGGCUCGAGUGAGAACGAGAGCAGCGUGAGUUCACGCAUUGACAUCCAUCAGAAGCUGCAGGAGAAGAAGCAGAAGCAACUGGCGGAGUUGCAGAUCAUCGAGGAGGAGAUUAAGCAGGGCAAAUUGGGUGGACCAGUGCAAUCUGUGCCACUGAAUGGCAGUGAUGGUGGCACAAAGGUGUCUCUGCCCAAGGAGCCCAUUCCCAAGGUGAAGAAUCACCGAAACAUCACACCGCUAGGCUGGCCGAAUUCCAUGAUGACAGACGUGAAUGAAUCAUUGGCGGAUUUGCCGUACUUGCAGCAAAACUAUGCGGAAAACUAUCCGGAAACAUCGAUGAUCAAGGAGAGUAAUUUGCCACACAUUCUCUCACUGGCGUCCAAGCGAAAAGUCGACUCGCCGAGUUCGUAUUUGCAUCAGCAGCAGCAGCAGAAGCCUGAGAAGAUAUCGAAGAAGUUGAGCGACAACUCAGACAUCACGGAUUCACUGCAGCGACAGUUGAAGAUUAUGAACUCGAGUGAGAAUCAGAGCAAUCGCUGCAUGCCGCCGCCCUCGUACAGGGGCGCCUACAGCCCUGAGACGGUGUUCAAUCGCACGCGCAAUUACAGCCGAGGCGUGCCGCUGGAAAUGCCGCGUCCAAGACAAAUCACCGGCACGUAUUGCACGAAUCUCGAGGCGUCGUACAUCGAUAAGGCCUCCUUUCCCUUCAACGUCGUGCCGCCGCCACGAAAUCGUGAUCCGCAGCAGCAACAGCAGCGCGAUCGUCGAGCUGUGCCGGGAAUGUCGGGUCAGAGAUUUGUGGAGGAGAAUGAGAAUGAAGUCGUGCUUUCGCCACACUAUCUGGAGCGGCCGGCAAAGGGGGCGGGAAAAUGUGGCGAUGGUGGCAAUUUUGCGCCGUACAAUGGGAACGAUGAUAGCUUCCUGAAUCACUUGGCGCAGCAAAAUGGUCCGUCGGACAUUGAUAGUCAAGUGUCCUUGCCGCGAUCGUACACUUUGCCGCGGGAGUUCAAGUAUUAUCGACGAAAUCGGUCGAAGAAGCUCAAGCAGGAGGACAUUUUCAUCACCAGCAACAAUAGCAGCGAUGGGGACGUGGACAGCAUCGAGGAUACGGAAUCGGAGCAGAAUUACAAUAUUCCACCGAAUAUGUGUCGCAAUUUGAACUGCAACAAUUUGCUGCACGUGAAUGACACUGCCAUGAAUUACCUGAACGAUAUUCGACUGAGGGAAUCUGCGUCGCCGCGCACGAUGAUGAAGGGUGGCGGCGGAGCGCCCAAGGAGGCGGACAUGACGCCGGGCGACGUGAUGCGCAACAGGAGUGCCAGCACGUAUCCGGAGAGCAGUGCCAUGGAGGAGAAUUGCCUGCCGGACAGCAGCGGUGGCAACUAUUCGAACGCUCUCCUGCGUCAGCUACGAAUACAGCUGUACAACGACAGGAAGUCUGGCAUUUUCAGGCACGAGACUAAACUAUAAUUUAUUAAUGAUGAGAUUGACGGUGUAGAUCGCUUAGAUAGGUGUGUCUCUCUUAGGACAAUGGAAUUCUUUUGUAAUCUCCUAAAGUUCAGUAUAUAACGAAUUUUUACGAACUUGUUGGACAUUAAAAAAUUGUUAUGUCGUUUUUUCA